AUAUAACUCGCUGGAGGUGCAAUUGCUAUCACUCGUCUGAGACCCUUUUUUUUUUAUUUUUUAUUUUUUCCCUCCCCUCUUCGUCCUCUUCCUCGCCUCCUCCUACAGCUCUCCCUCGAGUCAUCCGUCGUAGAAACUCAAUUUCUUUUGUUUGGCUGUUAAGUCCUCUUGUAUAUCGCAUUUUUCAUUUACAACCAAAGAUGGCAGACCAGAGCCAGCGCGCCGCUCCUCUUCGUCUCGGCUCUGAGGCCCCCAACUUCAAGGCCGUCACCACCAAGGGCGAGAUCGACUUCCAUGAGUUUAUCGGCGACAAUUGGGUUAUCCUCUUCUCGCACCCUGAUGACUUCACUCCAACCUGCACCACUGAGCUCGGUGCUUUCGCCAAACUCGAACCCGAAUUCACGAAGCGGGGCGUUAAGCUUAUCGGAUUGAGUGCCAACGGCUUGAAGUCCCACCACGACUGGAUCAAAGACAUCGACGAGGUCACCGGCUCCCACUUGCAGUUCCCCAUCAUUGCAGAUGCCGACCGUCACAUCUCGUAUCUCUAUGACAUGAUCGACUAUCAGGACACCACCAACGUUGACGAGAAAGGCAUGGCCAUGACCAUUCGCUCCGUCUUCAUCAUCGACCCCAAGAAGAAGAUCCGUCUGAUAAUGAGCUACCCAGCCAGCACCGGCCGCAACACCGCAGAAGUUCUCAGGGUGGUCGAUGCUCUCCAGACGACGGACAAGAACGGCGUCAACACCGCUAUCAAUUGGACCCCAGGCGACGAUGUGAUCAUCCCACCCUUCGUGUCCACCGAGGAUGCGAUCAAGAAGUUCGGCGACGUCAGAAUUGUGAAGCCGUACCUCCGAUAUGCCACUAUUAAGAACUAAAUUGUGCUUUGGGUUUCAGGAGUUGAGAAUCGGGGAGUUUUUAUGCGGUAUCUGUAAUGACCAAUGAAUCAAGUUGAUCUAACCACCUUUGAGUAACCAACCACCCCAUAACUAGUCUUUAAUUGCAAAAUUAAACCAGGAAUUGCCUUGAUAGA